UUACCACAUAUGUUGUUUAUGGACCUCCAGGAACUGAAAAAACUUCAACAAUAUUAGCUUUAGCUCAUGAAUUGUUUGGUCCAGAAUUAAUGAAAAGUCAUGUUUUGGAAUUGAAUGCAUCAGAUGAACAUGGAAUUCAAGUUAUUAGGGAAAAGGUAAAAAUUUUUGCAUGUGCAGCAGUUAGUCGGCAUGCAAGUAAAUAUCCUUGUCCACCUUACAAAAUCAUUAUGCUGAAUGAAGCUGAUUCAUUGACACAUGAUGCUCAAACAGCUUUAAGACACAUAAUGGAAAAUUAUUCUAGAAUCACUCGUUUCUGUUUGAUUUAUUAUUAUGUUAGCUGUAUAAUAAAACCAUUGACUUCUCGUUGUGCAAAAUUUCGAUUUAAACCACUGGAUAUUUCAAGUGCCAAAAAACGAAUUGAACAUAUUUGUGAAAAUGAAAAUAUUAAUUAUGAUCCCAAGGCUAUAGAUGAGAUUCUUAAGAUAUCUAAUGGUGAUUUGAGAAAAUCCAUAAUGUUUCUUCAAAGCACAGCCAGAUUACAUCAAAAUGGAAGAAUUACUGCUAAUUCAAUUUUAGAAAUUGGAGGGACUGCUUAUAUGCCUUUAAAUGAUAGAUAA